ACGCGCAUAUUAUAUAAAAUAAAAAAUCUUAAUUUUAAUGUUAAGCAAUAAUUUUAAAAAAGAUUUUUUUUAUUCUCAUGUUGAUAUACAUGGAAAUGUUAAUUUUGCUGAUGAUUUCAUACAGUAUCAUAACAACAACAAUUUUGAUAUUAAAAAUUUGAACAUGUUUGAAAAUACAUUAUCAAAUAUUUGGAAUAUAAGUGAUAUUUUGCACAACAACAAUAGUAUUUAUAAUGAUAGUAACAUUUCAUCAUACAACGAUUAUCAAAUAAAAUCAAAUGAUAUUGAUUUAAUUUAUAGGCAUUCGGUCACAAUGACCGUUGUAUAUUGUGUUGCUUAUAUAAUUAUAUUUGUUGCUGGUUUAAUUGGAAAUUGUUUUGUAAUUGCUGUAAUUUUUAGAGCACCAAGAAUGCAAACAGUUACCAAUUUUUUUAUUGUUAAUUUGGCUAUAGCUGAUAUAUUGGUAGUAAUAUUUUGUUUACCAGCAACAUUAAUGGGAAAUAUAUUUGUUCCUUGGGUGCUUGGUUGGCUUAUGUGCAAAACAGUUCCAUACAUUCAAGGUGUUUCAGUUGCAGCAUCUGUUUAUAGCCUUAUUGCUGUUUCUUUGGAUAGGUUCAUCGCUAUUUGGUGGCCUCUUAAGCAAAUGACAAAAGGUCGAGCUAGAUUUAUGAUUUUUUGUAUUUGGGUAAUAGCAUUAAGUUCAACAUUGCCAUGGGCAAUAUUUUUUGAUUUAGUGCCUGCCAUGGAUUCAUUUCCACAGGCGCCUGGAAUGCUAUUAUGUAUUGAAGUUUGGCCGCCCGGUAUAAAUGGAAAUUUAUAUUUCUUAUUAGCAAAUUUAGUGGCAUGUUAUUUAUUACCAAUGGUGGUAAUAACUUUAUGUUACGCUUUAAUAUGGAUAAAAGUAUGGACUAGAUCUAUACCUGGUGAUUCAAAAGAUGCACAAACAGAACGAAUGCGGCAAAAAUCAAAAAUUAAAGUAAUUAAAAUGAUAGUUGCAGUCGUCAUAGUUUUCAUAAUUUCUUGGUUACCACUUUAUGCGAUUUUCGCAAGAAUUAAAUUUGGUGGCGAAAUAACGCAAAAAGAAGGAGAAAUUCUUAAUAAAAUAACACCAAUGGCUCAAUGGUUGGGGUCAUCAAAUUCUUGUAUUAAUCCAAUUUUGUAUGCAUUUUUUAAUAAAAAAUAUCGUCGUGGAUUUGUUGCAAUUGUUCAGUCUCGCACAUGCUGUGGACGAUUGAGAUAUACAAAUAACUUGGCCGUAGCAUCGAUAUCUACAGGCACAAGGAGAUCUUUUAAUUACCAGAAUGGUGUUCGAGGAGAAUCUAGAAAAAUUAAUACCAAAUCAGCAAAUGAUGAAUUUUCAAAUAACUAUGAAGAAAAUAUAAUUCGCAGACAAAAUUUGGGUAGAAUGGGACAUACACUUUGUCAACAGGAUUCUCAAGGUUCAAGACAAAUGUUAGUAAAACAAGAGAGCGCUGGAAGCGAUAUUUCAAGGCGUUCAUAUUUGAUACGUUAGCACAAUUUUGCAAAACAAUGAAGUUUUUAAUAAGUAAACAAAAAUCAGGAAAAAAUAAUAUAUACAUACAUACAAAUAUCAACUACAAAAACAAAGUAAUUCAAAAUGGGCACAAUGUUUUAAGUAUCCCUACAAAUCAAAUCAUCAUAACACUGUUUAAUAUAAAGGAAAAAAAUAAAAUUCACAAAAUAUAAUUAUCAAAAUUUAUGUAUUACAAAAACUAUAAAUAGCAAAAUAUAAAAUUUCUUCCAAUAAAAAUAAGAAAAAAAAACCAAUUCAUGCUAUUAUCGGCAAUCAUAAUAAAUUAUGUGAUCGCAGUAAUUGUAUAAGGAUAGUUCAAACAGCAAAAUAGAAGUUGUUAACAAACGUGAAGUUCGUAAUUUCAUGUUUGGCGAGGCUUUUCAUUAAUACUUUCGACCCUGUUUGCUAUACGAUUUGCAAAUGAAAUAAUGUAUACAUACAUAGAAGCAUAUAUAUGUAUAUUUGAAUAUCAAAUUUUAUCUGUGUAAUAUUAAUA